AUGAAGACUAUCUCCAUCUUGACCACUCUGGCUGUUGCUGCUCUUGUGAGCGCUGCUCCUGCUCCGCCAACGUUCCAGAACAGCACAGACGUUACAUGGACCCCAGCCCCAUCGGAUCAGACCACCUGCGAUCCCUCGAGCUUCUCUCAAGCGCCUAUCCCCGACGCUGCCGACUGGCGGUUCUGCGCCGCGCUUUCGAGCGCCUGGGCUAGCGAGAACGGAACAUUCAACAUUCACGACGCCUCGGGCAGUGCUUUUAUCCCCGUCCUCAAGUCGGAAGGCUGCACCUUGGGCGUCAAGGCUUCGGAGCAAGGCCAGGGACCCUACACCAUGGGAGAUCAGGAUGUUAAGGCAAUCCUCAACAUCGCGCUUGAGUACUACUCGGACGGAACCGACCUCUCGGUUGAGGGCAGCGUCAAGUGCAAUGUUGCUGAUGGCGGCCGAGCGGGUCUGAACUGGCAAAUCUACCGCCAGUAA